UGUAACAUGGCCUAGCAGCGAUGUCCCAGCUGUAUUAUCGUCGUACUGAGAACUCCUCAUACCGAGACCGCAUUCCUCUGCGGAUUGUGAGGGCUGAAUCGGAACUGUCUCCUCUGGAGAAGGCCUACCUGAAUGCCGUUGAAAAGGGUGACUAUGCCAGUGUGAAGCAAGGCCUGGAAGAGGCUGAGAUUUACUUCAAAAUCAACAUCAACUGCAUUGACCCACUUGGCCGCACAGCCCUACUUAUUGCCAUUGAGAAUGAGAACCUGGAGAUCAUCGAACUCCUGCUUAGUUUUAACGUAUACGUGGGGGACGCGCUGCUUCAUGCCAUACGAAAAGAGGUGGUGGGUGCUGUGGAGCUACUGCUCAACCACAAGAAGCCCAGUGGGGGCAUGCAGGUGCCUCCUAUUCUGCUGGACAAACAGUUUUCUGACUUCACUCCUGACAUAACUCCGAUUAUUUUGGCCGCCCACACAAACAAUUAUGAGAUUAUCAAGCUUCUGGUGCAAAAGGGAGUCUCAGUGCCGCAGCCACAUGAGGUGCGCUGCAACUGUGUAGAGUGUGUAUCUGGAUCAGACGUGGACAGCCUGCGGCACUCACGCUCUCGUCUCAACAUCUACCGUGCGCUCUCUAGCCCUUCGCUGAUCGCCUUGUCCAGUGAGGAUCCCUUCCUCACGGCUUUCCGCCUCAGCUGGGAGCUGCAGGAACUCAGCAAGGUGGAGAACGAGUUCAAGGCUGAGUACGAGGAGCUGUCACGCCAGUGCAAACAGUUUGCCAAGGACCUGCUAGACCAGACACGCAGUUCCCGAGAGCUGGAGCUCAUCCUCAAUUACAGAGAUGACAUCAAUCCACUGGAGGAUGAGGCCAACAGUAAUGAUCUGGCUAGGCUCAAACUGGCUAUCAAGUACCAUCAGAAGGAGUUUGUAGCCCAGCCAAACUGUCAGCAGCUACUAGCAUCCCGCUGGUAUGAUGAGUUUCCGGGCUGGAGGAGACGCCACUGGGCCGGCAAGUUCGUCACAUGCAUUUUCAUCGGCCUCCUGUUUCCGCUGUUCUCCAUCUUCUAUUUGAUAGCCCCCAAGAGUCACUAUGGCCUUUUUAUCCGCAAACCCUUCAUCAAAUUCAUCUGCCACACUGCCUCUUACCUGACCUUCCUCUUCCUCCUUCUUCUGGCCUCCCAGCAUGUGGUCACCACCGAGUCGGAUCGGCAAGGGCCAGCUCCCACAACUGUGGAAUGGAUGAUACUGCCUUGGGUGCUCGGCUUUAUCUGGGCAGAGAUUAAACAGAUGUGGGAUGGAGGCUUUCAGGAUUAUGUCCAUGAUUGGUGGAACCUCAUGGAUUUUGUCAUGAAUUCUCUUUAUCUCGCCACUAUCUCUCUAAAGAUUGUAGCUUACACCAAGUACAGUGGAGAGAAACCCAGAAAGGAUUGGGAGAUGUGGCAUCCUACUCUGGUAGCAGAGGCACUAUUUGCUAUUGCCAACAUCUUCAGUUCUCUGCGCUUGAUAUCACUAUUUACAGCUAACUCCCACCUGGGACCUCUUCAAAUCUCUCUGGGCCGCAUGCUACUGGACAUCCUUAAAUUCCUCUUUAUCUACUGCCUGGUGCUUCUGGCCUUCGCGAAUGGCCUCAACCAACUUUAUUUUUACUAUGAGACUGAAGCUUCAAACAAGACAGGGAACUGCAAGGGUAUUCGCUGUGUGCAUCAGAAUAACGCAUUCUCAACGUUAUUUGAAACCCUCCAGUCUUUGUUUUGGUCCAUAUUUGGGCUCAUCAGUCUAUAUGUGACCAACGUUGACCCAGAACAUCAGUUUACAGAAUUUGUUGGAGCCACCAUGUUUGGAACCUAUAACAUUAUUUCCUUGGUUGUGCUUCUCAACAUGCUGAUUGCCAUGAUGAACAACUCCUAUCAACACAUUGCUGAUCAUGCUGACAUCGAGUGGAAGUUUGCUCGAACUAAGCUGUGGAUGAGCUAUUUUGAAGAGGGAGGCACUUUACCCCCUCCAUUUAAUAUAAUCCCCAGCCCUAAGUCCGUAUGGUACCUGAUCAAGUGGAUCAACGGGCACAUCUGCAAGACAACAGGAUCAGAGAGAACUGAAACUUUUGGAUCAAUUAGUAGGAGAGCUGCAAAGAAUGUCCACAUCAAUCACCAGUAUCAGGAGGUGCUACGAAACUUGGUGAAACGGUACGUGGCAGCAAUGAUCAGAGAUGCCAAGACUGAAGAAGGCUUGACAGAGGAGAACUUUAAGGAAUUAAAACAGGACAUUUCUAGUUUUCGAUAUGAGGUGUUAGGAAUGAUGAAAGGAAAUAAACCAGGACUACAGACUACCAAAGGAAGUACAGCAGCCUCGAACAUGGCAUAUUCUGACCAUCCUAUAAAGUGUGCAACAGCUCCUCCAGGAGAACAACUGAAGAGCAAGCUUAAACUUCUCAGUGUCACUGCCUCUAUACUUCAACAAAAAACAAAAUCAAAUACAAAGAAUACAGAACACUGCCUUGCUAAUGGCUCUAUUCCUACAUCAUCGGAAAUUACUUCAUGCAAGCGAACAAGUGAUUUCUCUGGAUUGUAUCAACAAAUCCAGCAAAGAGGGAGAAACGAUCCUGGCAGGAUUUAUUCGGUGUGUGAAGAGGUUGGAGAGUCAGAUACAGAGGAACCGGGAGAGAACAAGGAUGAGAAAACAUCCAAGUCAUUAGUUAUAAACAAGGUCAAUGAAAACGGAAAGGAUGAAAGUGCUAAUGAGACAAAAGAAGUGCAAAAAGUGACAGAGGAAAGAAAGAGAUUUUCUGACAUACCAUGUAUAUGUGAUGAAGACGUGAACAACGAAAGUACUGAAAAUGAUGAAGAAAUCAGCAGAUUAUAGUAGCAUACAACCACCAUGAGAAGGACAAUCAGACUCCAGUUAAGCCAAACUAUAGUAGCUUCUUUGGGAACCAACUUGUCUGAACUGUUACAUAUUUUAAUUUUAAGAAAAGUAAACCCGUUCAUAAACAUCGUUUUAACCAUAUUCCACAUAUAGGUUGCUUAAAUCAGUAAAAAGCAUUGAUAUGCCCAGCUGAGGAUUUCUGUGACUCAGGGAUGAUUGUAAAUUUGGGACUAUUCUGGCCAUUUGAAGCUUUGGCCACAAGAGUUUACUGUACGUUGGAAUUUAUGUCCAUGAACCAUUGUUGGGCUUUAUUGUUUUAACUUGAUAUUUAUAUCAUCAUAAGAUGUUAUAAUCAGUAUUCAAUUUGUUUAAUUGUUUAUUGAACAAAAAAAUCCAAUGUGUAAUUAUAAAAAAAAAAAAACUAUAGUACUGGGCAAAAGUCUUCACCACCCCUCAAUUCUUCAAGUUUUGCUUCCAAAGAACCAGAAUUUUUUUGUAUUUUUUUUUAUGUAGGAAUAGCUCCUGACAGACUUUUCUAGCUUAUAUUUGGACAAAAUUUUGGCUCUUAUUUUUAGUCCAGUUGCUGUAUCUAACUCGUUUCUGAGGAAUGUGUUUGUUUGUUAAGUGACCUAUGAAUCAUUCGAGCAGAAAAAUCUUACUUGAGGCAAUGUACUGCUAAUGCUGAAUGCUGAUAGGUUGGAAUAAAUGAGAGGGGAAAUAAGGCUGCAGGCGCUGUUACUGAAACAACCAGCUUGGGCACUUGCAGCCUGUCACACUAACAUUUUUGUUUUUCCAUUUUAUCAUAAAAUUUGUAUUUAAUUUUAUUUUUAUAAAAAAAAAUGUUUUAAUGGGGCACAGUGGCUUAGUGGUUAGCACUGUCACUUUGCACGUCCAGGGUUUGAUUCCUACUUCAGGUCUGUGUGCAUGGAGUUGGGUUUCCUCCAGGUACUUCUGUUUCCUCCCACAGUACAAAGACAUAAAGGCUAAUAGGCUAACUGGUGUUCUUAUGAAUGAGCAUGUAAGUGUGUGUGACCUGUGAUGGUUUGGCCCCUCGUCUUUUGUAAAAAAAAAAAAAAAAACCUCUAAAAACAGAUCAUCCUCUACCUUCUGUCCAGGGUGUAACCCAUUAAGUUUCCUGGACUAGGCUCCAAUGAGUGAGUGAUACAGUAAUAAAAAAGAAGUGGUGACAAAAGACUUUUGCACAGAAUUGUACAUCAGUAGCAGUUGCCAUGGUUAAGCUCUUCUUAGUAAAGUAUUAGGGCUAUUGUUAGAUUUUUUUUUCCAGGAAACUCUGUAUAAUAAAGAUUGGCACAGUCAGAAGACCAUAGAGCAAACUCUUCACAAGUUAUUAUGAUGGCUACCUGAGGCUAACUGUUGCCUGUCCACCACCUAGAGGUUUUGCAUAUGAAAGAGCAAUAGCUAAGCUAAUAGCUAAUUAAAUAAAAAUGUGUAAAUAGCACUGUUUGAUUUUCCAGCUAUGAUGCUAAUUUUGGGCCAUAUUCAGAGUUGGAUUAAGGAUGGUUUCUAAAAGAUUAAAUUAUAAAACUAUAUGUAUAGGCUAUAAAAACAAUUACAGAAAUUCCUAAAGUAAAAUCAUACAGUAGACCUGUUUUAAGAAGAAGAAAGAGAAAAUAGUUCUCUUAAGUACUGAAAUGUAUA